CGCUUUGAUACACCUUUUCAGUCAUUCAAGCAAUGAUGUGGACCGUUGUGGUUGUCCUAAGCAGCCUCCUGGCUAUCCUGAUUGCUUCCUCAGGUACAAAACUAGUAAACGGUGAAAAGAAAUUCAUGUGUCAACUUCAAGAGGAUAAUAAUUUAGAAUGCAAUCUAAGACAGAUGUUGAUUGGGCGGAAAAUAUAUGAUUCUAUCCGAGAAAAUGAAAAUACGGCGAAUUCCAUUAAACCACCUCUGUUCAUUUGUAAAGGCCCAUCCUGUAUUAUGAAAUUCAUGAAAGGCCAUCAAAAUACAAAGAGGACAGGAAGCAACGAAGAAAAGGAAACUACAUUCUACAGCGGUUGGUAGCUGCAUCUGCUUUUGGUGGCAAGAAAUGUUCUUAACAUUUGUUAACAGAAAAUAAAAUGUUGUUCAUAUA